AUGGAGCAUUAUAAUGCCGCCAUUAUUCCAAUUGAACCAAGGCAACAAUUGUCUAAGAAUAAGGAUAAACAAGAUGUUGAUCCAACUAAAUAUAUGAGGUUGAUUGAAUCCUUGCGUUAUUUGUGCAAUACGCGACCAAACUUGGCGUUUAGUGUCGGUGUUGUGAGUAGAUUCACGGGGACACCGAAGGUGUCUCACUUGACAGGAGUCAAGAGAAUCCUAAGAUAUGUUAAAUGUUUUGUUGACUGCGGAAUUCUCUUUCCCGGAAUGAAUACGGGAAGAAUAUGCAAUUUGCUCUAUUUUAUCGAUUUCAAUUGGUGCGGAGAUAAAGAUUAUCGAAAGUCCACAGCUGGAUACAUCUUUAUGUUUGGUGGAAAACGAGUAUCAUGGUGUUCGAAUAAGGAAUCAGUAGUUGCACUCUCAUCUUGUGAGGCCCAGUACAUUUCUGCUUUGUUAUGUGCAUGCCAAGUCGUGUGGCUUAUGAAUCUAUUGGAGGAGUUGGGCAUCAAUGAGGGUGAGGUUGUUACACUCCUAGUUGACAACGCUUACACGGUUAAUCUUGCUAAGAACCCAAUUGCACAUGGGAGAAGCAAGCAUAUUGAGAUGAGGUUUCACUACUUGAGGGAACUUAUUAGUGAAGGAAGGUUAUGA